AUGUCAGUCUUGCUCGAAACGAGCGCCGGCGACAUAGUGAUAGACUUGUUAGUUGAUUACGCGCCAAAAGAAUGCGAAAACUUCAUAAAACUCUGCAAGGUUAAAUACUACAACUUCUCGCCCAUACAUUCUAUCCAACAGAACUUUUCCUUCCAAACUGGCGACCCUCUUGGCCCGACCUCUGUCGCUUCUGAUGGCGGCUCCUCUAUAUGGGGUCUCAUCUCUGGGCCCUCCAAGAAAACAUUUAGCGCUACAUUUCAUCCAAAGUUGAGACAUCUCGAGAGAGGUACUGUCUCCAUGGCUACUGCACCACAUCCUUCCGAUCCCGAUGCUCGUGUUGCCGGCAGCCAAUUCAUUGUCACACUCGGCGACAACACUGAUUAUUUAGAUGGAAAGGCGGCUAUAUUUGGCAAGGUUGUCGAGGGGUUUGAUGCAUUAGAGAAAGUCAAUAAUGCUAUUAUUGACAAAGACGGCCAUCCGCUCGUUGAUAUUCGUAUAAAACACACAAUCAUUCUUGACGACCCCUACUCCGACCCGUCCGGCUUGCGAGAGCCCAGCCAAUCACCUCCCCCGUCUAAGGCGCAGCUCGCUACGGUUCGAAUCGCCGACGAUGCGCCUUUAACCGAAGAGAUAGACGAGGAGGCAGCAGAGAAGGUGCGGCGUGAGAGGGAGGCACGCGCCCAGGCUUUAACCCUCGAGAUGAUGGGUGAUCUUCCAUUUGCCGAAGUCAAGCCUCCCGAGAAUGUACUUUUCGUGUGCAAGCUCAACCCCGUGACCACCGAUUCCGACCUUGAGCUUAUCUUCAGCCGCUUCGGCAAGAUUUUAUCUUGCGAGGUCAUACGCGACAAGAAGACAGGAGACAGUUUACAGUAUGCCUUUGUAGAAUUCGAGGACAAGGGCGCAUGCGAAGCAGCUUAUUUUAAGAUGCAAGGAGUGCUCAUUGACGACCGAAGGAUACACGUUGACUUCAGUCAGAGCGUGAGCAAGUUGGCCGAGGUCUGGAGGGGUGGGGAAAAUGCAAAGAGGAAACGCAAGCAUGAAGGUGGCGGAUGGGGCGGUGUUAAAGAGCUGGAGAAAUGGAGGAAGUACAGGGAAGAGGGCGGUCACGAAGACACCGAAGAUCAUUACAGCAUGGUUUACGGGGAGGAAGAAAUGCGCGGCCGACAUAGGCGACAGAAAGACGGUCGAGAUCAAGAUGAUAGGCGAGCUCGAGAUCCCGAUCGCUUCGGGGAUAAAGAUAGAUAUAGAAACCGUAACGAUGUGGAUCAAGCCAGACGCCGGGACGGUGGAUAUGGGCGCGACCAGGAUGGGGCGCCGAAGUCACGAAGUAGAAGCCCAGUGAGAGACAAGCCUCGAGAUAGGAAUCGGUACGAUGACCACCGAAGGGAUGAUCGCGCUGGCUACCGACAUAACGACCGACGUGGAAAAGAUCAAGAAAGAGAGCAGCCUCGCCGUGACUAUCGGCGGAGAUAG